GAUGCAGGUGGAAAGAAAGCAGGAUGAAGCGGAUGUUGAGAGCUGGAUGGGAAGCAUUUAUCCUGGUGGUUAGAUAUCGGUAGAACAUCGGUUAAAUAUCCGCUCAUCGAAGUCGAGCCCUCAAUACCAGUCUCAGCACCCAACACUCACAAUGAGCGAAGACCUGCUGAACGAGAUUGAAGCCAUAAACUCCAUCUACGACUCCUCGACUCUUACCUCCGCGCACGAAACUCCAGAUGAGAUUUACGUUCUCGCUCUCCCAAAUCAAGCCACCUCACUCCGAAUACAAUUCCCAGCAGCAUACCCAGAUGUCCCGCCUAUAAUAUUGGGAGCGCAGAGCUCUGGAGAGAAUGCGAGGAAGGGCGAUGCGGGUAAGCUGGCAGAUUUUGUGAGGGACAUUGUGGGGAGGACUUGGAAGGUUGGAGAGGUUUGUCUAUUUGAUGUUAUUGAAGAAGUCGAAGAAAGAUUUGGCGCUGGGGAUGAGGAGGGCGAUGGAGGAGAUGACGAAGGAGAUGAGUUUGCAGAUGAUGAGGAAGGUACAGUCGUUGAACGUAGACGAGAUCCUUCGAGUGGAGAUAUAAAUAUAGAUAUCGAACCUCCCAACUGGACCCUUUCUUCAGUAACCACCGAACUGAAAUCCACUUUCAUCGCACGCUGUAUUUCCGUUUCUUCUCCUACGCUUGCAGCUCAAUACAUACAACAUCUCCUUGCUUCGGAUAAAAAGGUGCGUUCUGCAACCCACAACAUCACUGCAUGGCGUAUCAAAACACCGGAAGGUAUAACCUACCAAGAUUGCGACGACGAUGGAGAAUCUGCGGCAGGCGGAAGAGUUCUGCACUUAAUGCAGCUGAUGGAUCUAUGGAAUGUAAUGGUGGUUGUUACAAGGUGGUAUGGAGGACAGAAGUUAGGAGCUAGAAGGUUUGCGGUCAUCAAUGCAGUGGCAAGGGAUGCUUUUGUGAGGGGUGGAUUUGUGGUUGAGAAGGGUGAUGGAAAGGAGGGGAAGAAGGGGAAAAAGUGAUAAGGGAUGAGGUUAGGCUUGAGAGAGGUAUGGUAUACUACAGGUUCGGUUUCGGACAUGUAUAUGCAUUUGCUAUAUGUGCCGAUACACAUCGCGUUGAAUUUUCUACGAGCUUCAUCCCCCUAAGUCUACAAUACAUCCUCCAAACUUACACUCAAAUUACUACCAAGUAAAAAGGCCAAAACAGCCAGAAAAUGUGAGGCUCCGGGCUCCCAGAUAACGAAAGUUUUUGUUCAUAUAUUUCUCUCCUAACCUAGUAAAGUAUCCACUCAUCCAAACCUUCAACUGUCGCCCGUACAUCCAUUCUAUAGAGGACAUUUGACUACUAAUGUCUUCGCAGAAGCUAUGGAAAGAUUAAGAGUGAGAGAACAUUUAAACACAUAUGGAUGAUCAAAUUUUAAAUGUUUUGAAUUUGGAAAGAAGUGUGUCUGGUUGGACACGUUUGACCAACUAGACACUUUUCCGGGUCAUAGCUAUACCUAUCAAUACAAGUACGUUUGUGUGUGCCGUACGAUUUACCUACUGGUCGUUUGAGUGGGAUUAUCAAAGGGGACGGCCGGUUGUGAAAAGGUGAAUCAUAGGAAGAUGCAAUAAGCAUUGCCGUGUGGAUUGAUCAAUCUUCUCGUUCUGAGAAUUGGAAAGAGUCUCACGCCUAGAUCGUUGAGGAUAUGAGGAUAUGAGGAUAUGUCGUUUGAACAUCAAUCAAGGUUUGCAAUUGGUAUAGCUUGAAACCUGAAGGCACAGUCAGAUUCUGCAAAUGUAUUCUGAUAACGGUAGUAGGACGAAGUAGAAAGCUUCUUGGUUUAAUUUCAUUACUGGUUAUGAUUAUGAUAUGUGGUAGGAUUAUCAUCAGAUCACUUACUCGUUGGCUGAAUUUGAUCCAUAUUCAUCA